UACACAUAAGAAACUAACUACUGUGCCAUAUAACUUUACUCUCUCUUUUUGUGCUCGAUCGUUUGCUUUCUAGAGAGAGAAAGAGAGGAGAGAGAGAGAGAGAGAGAGAUGGUGGCAGGGAGGUAUGGUUACAGGGAUGUGUUGCCAUUCACGGCGAUGGUAACAAUGGAGUGCAUUAACGUGGGGUUAAACACGCUGUUUAAAGCAGCGACUUUGAAAGGCAUGAGUUACCAUGUCUUUGUUGUCUACGCUUACGCUAUUGCCGCUCUUGUUCUCCUUCCUGCACCAUUUUUCUCCCAUAGAUCAAGAGUGCUUCCUCCGCUCAACUUCUCCAUAAUGAUCAAAAUGGGUCUUCUUGGGCUCAUAGGAUGUUCAUCUCAGAUAAUGGGAUUUACAGGCAUAAAUUAUAGCUCUCCAACGCUUGCUUCAGCCAUUAGCAAUCUCGUGCCAGCUUUCACUUUCAUUCUUGCCAUCAUUUUCAGGAUGGAAAAACUAGCCGUAAGAAGCACAAGCAGUCAAGCUAAGAUGUUGGGCACUGUAGUUUCAAUAACAGGUGCAUUUGUGGCGACUCUCUACCAGGGCCCACCAAUUAUUUCCACUCGAUUUUCUACCAUUUCACUUCACCACCAACAUCUUCUUCAAAACGACACCAAAUCUAAUUGGGUUGUUGGUGGCCUUUUGCUUACGGCUGAAUAUAUCUUGGUUCCACUUUGGUACAUUGUUCAGACGCAUAUUAUGAAAGAGUAUCCGAAUGAAUUGAGUGUGGUAUUCUUCUAUAAUUUAUCCGUGAGCAUCAUGGCUGCAAUUGUGGCGCUCAUAAUGGAAACAGAUUCAAGUGCUUGGAAAUUGAAAUCUAGCAUUGCAAUUGUCUCCGUCGUCUGCUCGGGAGUUUUCGGGUCAUUCUUGAACAAUACCGUGCACACGUGGGUCUUGCGAGUGAAAGGGCCGGUCUAUGUGGCAAUGUUCAAGCCUCUCUCCAUAGCAAUUGCUGCUGCGAUGGGUUUCAUAUUCCUUGGCGAAACUCUUCAUCUUGGAAGUCUUAUUGGAGCAACAACAAUAUCUAUUGGGUUUUACACCGUGAUGUGGGGAAAGGCAAAGGAAGAGAUUAAUACUGAAGACUCUCAAGCUGAGAGCAUGGGAUCACUACCUACACACAAGACCCCUUUAUUGCAGAGGUACAAAGAUGAGAAGAGGUAGACAACAUAUUCCAAAGUGAAUGUAUGUAAAUGAAAGGAAAAUUGCAACUUAAAAAUGUCCAACGUUAUUUUAUUUGCAAUGUGAAAUAUGAUGAAUUGUAAUUGUAGAACAGAGGGAGAGAAAAAAUAGUAUGCCGUCUGUAUUGUACCCCAUCAUCCCCCUCGAGCAAGAGAUGAGAGGAAACAAAAUCAGUCUCUUAACACUAAAAAUUUUCUGGUAAAAUUAACUCUAAAUCAAGAAACGAACGACACAAGACUGCAGUGUAUAAAUAUUUUUUAGAAAAUGUAUGCAAAUUAGAAACGACAUGUCUUUACUCUGCAUAUAUACUAAGUG